CUCGAGCCAGGCUCGAAUGCGGGUCCGUGCGCAGCAGAUAGCGUGCGCAGCGCUGUGAUGGCGUGGCUGGGCCGCCCUGGUCACGGAUGCAGCACAUGCGAUCCACACUCAGCCUGCACUCAGCCUGCAUCCAGCCUGCAUCCAGCUCGCAUCCAGCCUGCAUCCCUGAACCAUGUCCUUCCGCAUCGGCCGGCGCCGCUUUGUCUCGGCACCCGAACGCAGCUGCAACCAGGUCCUGUCCACCAUCGUUGUCGGUGCUCUCCUUCUCGGCGUGCCGAUCUACUACGGAUACAUCGAAUAUCAAGGGGCGUCGCUCUCCGAGGCCAUCUCCGAGGGCUCCCGGCAUCUUGUCCGUCUGCCGCCCAUCACCCCUGCAUCCAGCACGGAUGUCGGCGGCCACCCAGCCGUGCCCGCAGGAUCGCUGGUGUAUCUCACCUCGCAGGUAGUCGAUACGCAGCCGAUCCUGCAGGAUGCUGAUUUUGAUAUUCAGUUUCCAGCGUCGCUGCGACUGAGGCGUCAGACCGAAUACUGCCAGUGGCAAGAAUCCUGGGUCGACCGCGAGGAACGCAACUCGGAGGGCGAGACCUACACCACACGAGAAUACUACUACACCCUCGGCUGGGUCGACCAUCGCAUCAACUCGAUGUUCUUCAACCAGCCGUUUGCCCACCAAAACCCCAACUUUGACCCGUAUCCAUCCUUUGAAGACACGGUUGCAUCGGCAGCGUUGGGGCCAUACACGCUUUCCGGCGAGCUCGCCCAGAUGGCCCGGCCCCUUCGGCCCAUCAUCGAAUACGAGCGCGAGGAGAUAGCAAGAUUCCGCACCAGCCCCGCUGUCCAGCAGAACGGAUUCUCGUACGCCAACGACGGCUACUUUUAUCACAGCUACGAGCGAUCGACCAGCGAGCGGCUCUUUCGAGCGAUGGGCACGUUUCUGGAGGGCUCGCUGCUGGAUUUCCAGAUCGGUGAUCUCUUCUCCCGGUGCAACGCCGGCGAUAUCCGCAUCCGAUACGAAGUGAUGCCCGUCAACCAAGGCGUGUCGGUUAUUGGCCGGCUGGCAAACUCGAAUGGCCGGAUCGACAUCUACCGCACGAGCCGGGGCUAUCCCCUGGGCAUGGUGCACGAAGGAUUCGAUGUGACUCCCGAGGCCAUCUUUGACCGCGAGAUGAGCGACCAGCGCUGGACGAUCAUCUUUGCGCGCCUGGCGCUGGUGCCGUGGGUGCUGAUCGCAGGGCACAUCGCCGACUAUCCGUUCGCAAGCAUCCAGAUGCGGCUGCUCGGAAGCGCCUCGGUCGUCAGCGUCGUCAUCACCUCUAUUUCGUGGCUGACCUGGGGCUCGUGGCUCCGGCUGGUGCUGGUGCUGGCGUCCGCUGGGGCUCUUGGCUGGUCGUAUCAGACAAACGAGCGGCUCCUUGGCGACCGCCCUCGCGCCCGCCCCAGCCAGCGCCGCCGGUCUCCUUCGCCGGCUGGCAAGCCGGCCAGGGACUGAGCCGCCAAGGCUGGAAGGUUGCCGAGGCCGGUUUCACGGGGCGCCGGGGGAGAACAAGCGCCACCGAUCCGGGGGGGGGACUGCGCAGCGGGUCCCUCACGUGAUAUGCGUCGGUAUUUUCUUCAGUGCGCGAAUUUGAAAUUGAUAUCCCCGUCCAUCGAUUUGCCCGUCCGUUCAUC